CGCUUAAGUAUCACAGCUACAACCACCACCACACAACAGCCAUCUUUGUGCCUAUGCACGCCUAUUUCGAAGAGUGCAGCCUUUUCAAUACACCACCGUCUCAGCUUGUUCAGCAUUAAAACAGAUCCGCUGUAAAUAACCCGGAAUAUACAGUACCCCUCCGUUGCCAUGGAGCAGUUCCUACGAGACUGGCGGCAAGAUGCUCUCAACAAGGCGCAGUACGAUUCGGCCAUUUUCAUCGGCGAUAAAUUGCUGGCAAUGACGAACGAUGACACCGAUGCCUUCUGGCUCGCCCAGGUUCACUUCGCCACCGGCAACUAUACUAGAGCGCAUGGCUUCUUGACGAGGCAGGAUCUCAUCGCUAGGAACCCAUCUUGUCGCUAUCUUGCAGGCCACUGCCUCAUAAAACAGUCUCGAUUCGACGAAGCAUUGGCCGUUCUCGGAGAGCGAAAUCCGACACACCUCAUUACAAACAGUGGAAGCAACAAGCGCAAGUCGCAGUCGCGGCAGGUUCGCAAGCGAGAGGAUGAGCAGAUGGAAGAGGCUGAAGCGGCUAACAGACGCUUCGAAGCCGCCAUGUGCUUUCUGAGAGGCAUCUGCUACGCCAAGUUGAACGCAUUCGAUCGGGCAAAGGAGUGCUACAAAGAUGCCGUGCGAAUCGAUGUCCAAUGCUUUGAAGCCUUCCAACAGCUAAUGACCAACUCGCUGCUAUCUCCUGAUGAAGAGUGGCAGUUUGUAGAGAGUCUCGACUUUGACUCUAUUCAGACGGGUAACGACACAGCAGCGUCAGAAGAAGCUGCCGAGUUUACAAAAAUGCUCUACACGACACGAUUGUCGAAAUAUAGAAACCCUGCAUCCUUCGAGACGGCUUACGAAUCCUUAUCGACACACUACAAUUUAGAAGCAAACCCAGAUCUGCAGCUCGCUCGUGCCGACUUGCUGUACACCCAAUGCAGAUACCAGGACGCGCUUGACAUUACGAAUAGCAUCCUCCAAGACGACAAAUACAACUUUAGCAUAUACCCCGUCCAUCUGGCUUGCUUAUACGAACUGAAGAUGAAGAAUGUCCUAUUUCUCGUCUCUCACGAUUUGGCCGAUACACAUCCAGAAGAACCAUGUACAUGGCUAGCAGUAGGAAUCUAUUACUUCUCCAUUGACCGAAUUGCCGAAGCCAGACGGUACUUUUCCAAAGCAAGUAUGAUGGAUGCACACUUUGGCCCUGCGUGGAUUGGAUUUGCACAUACAUUCGCGGCUGAGGGCGAACAUGACCAGGCGAUAUCUGCAUACUCUACAGCUGCAAGACUAUUCAUGGGAACGCAUUUACCCCAAGUCUUCUUGGGUAUGCAAAACCAUGCUCUCAACAACAUGACCCUCGCAGAAGAGUUUCUCAAGACGGCAUAUGGGCUCUGCAAAACAGACCCGCUGUUGUUGAACGAAAUGGGCAUCGUCAAAUACCACCAGGACAAGCCGAAAGAAGCCGCACAGUACUUUAUGGCUGCUAUUAAGAUUGCCAGCGAUAACGACAGUGAGCCUUCAGCAUGGUUGGCAGCACGGACGAACCUGGGGCAUGCAUACCGCCGACUGCGCAACUAUAACCAAGCCAUCCUUGUAUUUGACGAAGUCCUGAGCCUCGGCGGUAAGGAUGCUGCGAUAUUCAGUGCAAAGGGUCUUAUUCUGCUGGAGCAGAACCGCCCUCAGGAAGCCGUGGUUGUACUGCACGAAGCCCUGGCAAUCAAUCCGCAAGAUAGCAUCGCGACGGAGUUGCUCAACAAGGCGCUGGACGAGAGCAUGCUGCUUGACAUGGCUGCAGAUGAGGAGGCAGGAGAUUUGGCAGAGUUUGAGCAACAUCUCGACGGCAAAAAGGCAUAUGCGUCGCAGAAAAUCAACGGCCGGCGGGUUGGGCGAGGCAUGAUGGACAAGGGCAAGGGACGGCUUAUUGGAACAACGCGGAGACGGACUCUGUUGGAUGACGAUGAGCGAGAUCCUGUGGAUAGUAUGAUGGAUAUGACUGACGACGAGUAAAUGUAAAUCUGCAUUUUGUACCCUUUUUGGUAGCACUCUCAUGUUGUAAUGACGGGACCUUUAUAAAUCGCUAUGCUUGAUUUCUGUUGCCCCCGACGCUUCAUUCAUCGUACCAUUACCAUGUAUCUUGAUUUGUAUUUGUUAUAUAACGAAA